AUGUGCAUGGGCCUAUGGUCAGAGCACGGUACCAGCUGGUACAACUGCAAUCGUUUUGAAGAAAAGAGUGGUGCGGAGGCCCGAGACGCGCAGGCGAAAAGCCGUGUGUCUCUUGAGAGGUACUUGCACUACUACAACCGAUAUGCCAACCACGAGCAGUCGGCCAGGUUGGAUAAGGAUAUCUACCAGAAGACGGAAAAGAAGAUGGUCCAGCUCCAGUCUGCCUCGGGAAUGUCGUGGAUCGAGGUGCAAUACCUCAACUCCGCUUCCCAGGCCCUUCAGACGUGCCGCCAGACCCUCAAGUGGACUUAUGCUUUUGCCUUUUACCUUCAGCGGAACAACCUCACGGAGAUCUUUGAAGAUAACCAAAAGGAUCUCGAGAUGGCCGUCGAGGCUCUCUCGGAGAUGUUCGAGAAGCCUACAGCCGAACUUGCCGAGUCCAAUCUCAAGGUUGAAAUUAUGGAUAAAACUGCCUACUGUAACAAGCGGCGAUUGGUACUUUUGGAGGACACCGCAGAGAACUUGGCUAAAGGACGCUGGCUUUUUAAUGUCGAUUUCUCCACUCCCCAAGCCUCAUCACACCGUGGUUAG